AUGGGUGAAGUAGAAUCAAAUUUGAAGGACACCGAGAUGUUGGAACCGACCGAGAAUGUUCUACGUGUUAUAAUUACAGACAUUGCUAUUGUGUAUACUGGUUCUAACUGUGAACUGUUUCAAGUACAGAAGUGUAAAUGGUGUGCCAAGAAUUGUUAUGAUACAGCAACUGAGCACGAUAAAGAAAAUUACUACGGUGCGCAAGUUGACACGGCGAGUGUUAAACACAGAAAGAGAUGUUCGCUGGCCAUUGAUUCUCCAAUGCCAGUUGUUCAAAAGCGAGGCUGCCUGAAUUCUACUAAGUAUGUUUUACUCAGAGCUGAACUGAAAGGUCUACAAGACAGAGGAGAAUUUGAGAAACAUGAGGAAUUGAUACAACUUCAAUUGUUGAAAAUGUCGGCCGGGGAUGUUGACAAGGAAGCAAGUCUCCGAAUUGAGCGCGCUAUGGCGUUAUAUUUUCAAAACAAUGUAAAAGAUGCUAAGAAAAUAUUGAAAAUGAUCCUUAAGCAAAAACAAUACCUGAAAAACCCCGGUAUUCUGACUGGAAGAGCCUUAACCCUACUCACGGCGAUUUACAAACAUCAGGGAAAAUAUGGGAAUGCGAUGGAGUGCGUACAAAAGGCCGACACAGCUCUUGAAUAUCAAGACUCCCGUGACGAUAAAGCUGAACUUUAUCACAGCUAUGGAGCCUUGCUCAACUCUUUACCAACUACAAACCUUGCUCAGGAUACCAAAGCUACCAAGGAAGAAGCCUACAAAUCCUAUGAUAUGGCGUGCCAAUAUACAUCAAAUGAAGGAUUUAAGGAGUAUGUACACGUUAAAAUGGCUGCUAUGCUUUUAGUGUCCUGUUCUAAAGCAGUGGACAGCAACACCUCCCUCUAUAAAGAGGAUGUUGAGAGGGCAAAACUACACCUGGACUUCACUGAAUUCGGAGCAGCGGCAGACAACAUGGCACUAGGGACAAAAAUUAAACAUCUGCUAUUCAGGUCUGAUCAGCACUUCUUUGAGGAGAAUGUUGCUAUGGCUUUUGAGAAAGCUCAUGAAGCAAUGGUGCUCAUCCAAAGAAAUGGGUUCGAACUGGAACGCAUUUCGGCUGAAAAGCGGUUGAAUCACUUGUCCGAGAUACUAAAGCAACAAAAUGAGGAAUGGCGAGGUAAAGAACCACACCUGGACGAUGAUUAUCUUGGUGACAGCGAGAGGUCCGAGAGUGAGAAUGCUCAGUUUGACUAA